UGAAUGCAUGACUGGAAUAAUAAGACAUGUGGAUUGUGGAAGAUCUCCUCUGAACGGUUUAUCGCGAGAAAACCCGAAUUCUCAGCAGGCCUAGAGCGAGAUUUCCUCCUACCUCUCCGUAUGCGAAAUCGGCUGCUGUCAUCCCUAAAACAGAUUGUUAGUCUGAAGACGCUCACUGUUGAAUCAUGGGGAAUAUUUUUGGUAAUCUGCUGAAGAGCCUCAUAGGAAAGAAGGAGAUGAGGAUUCUGAUGGUUGGGUUGGAUGCUGCUGGUAAAACAACGAUCUUGUACAAACUUAAGCUGGGGGAGAUUGUUACUACCAUCCCAACCAUUGGUUUUAAUGUGGAGACAGUGGAGUAUAAGAACAUCAGUUUCACAGUGUGGGACGUUGGUGGCCAGGAUAAGAUCCGACCCCUCUGGAGACACUACUUCCAAAACACACAGGGUCUGAUCUUUGUGGUGGACAGUAACGAUCGAGAGCGUGUGAACGAAGCCAGGGAGGAGCUGAUGAGGAUGUUGGCAGAAGAUGAGCUGCGUGAUGCUGUUCUCCUUGUUUUCGCCAACAAACAGGACCUGCCUAAUGCAAUGAAUGCAGCUGAGAUCACAGAUAAGCUGGGCCUCCACUCACUGCGCCACCGCAACUGGUACAUCCAGGCCACCUGUGCAACCAGUGGCGAUGGCCUGUACGAAGGCCUUGACUGGCUGGCCAAUCAGCUGAAGAAUAAGAAAUGAGGGUUCUCAGGCAGGUGUGGAGGGCUUAUUUAGGGCAAGGGGUGGGGAAACUUGGGGUUAUCGUAUUAUUUGGUUUGGUUUUGUUUGUUUACAUUUGAUUUUUUGCAAAUGUGUGGUUAUUAGAGCCUUCAGAUGGUCUGUGUAAAUGGACUCAUCACACAUGUUCACAUGUCAAAAUAUAUAUGGACACAUGGAAAACACAUACACCUGUACACCUCAACAAACCCAUGAGCACACAAAUAUCGUCUCUGCUUUUCAGUGGUUUCUCUUUAUUCAGUCUAAAAUGGACCUUAAAUGACACAGUCAAGUACACAAGUAAUAUAAUAGAGUAUAAUAGAAUAGUCCCAGAAUAGUCAUUAUUUCUCCAUGCACACCAUGUUUUCUUUGGUUUCACUGUGUUUUCAUUUUCCCACAAAGACAAAGGUUUUCUCUAAAAUAUAGUAAGCUCAAGCAGUUUCAUCUGUUUAAUAUUUUAGAUUCAUAUAGUUAGAUUUUCUAUGAUGUAUUAUCAUUAUGAUUGUAAUGCAGUUUGUCUCAUCACACACAAACACACAAACACACAAACACACAAACACACGCUCUCUCUCUCUCUCUCUCUCUCUCUCUCUCUCUCUCUCUCUCUCUCUCUCUCUCUCACUCUCUCUCACUCUCUCUCAAUCACACACAGACAAACACAACCACACACCACACUCACACACAUGCACACACAUGCUAACAUUAAGCAGCUCUCUCCUUCUCCUGCUGGUCAGUAAUUUUGUUAGUCAGUUGAGUGUGCUGUGUAAACAUGCACCCCACUGUGUCCUCCUGCAUGGCUUUCUCCUUCACUGUGACUUGUAGAGUCUUGUGGCUUAGUAGACAGUAGAUUGCAUGUAUAGGUGUUGUAGAGGCAUAGAGCUGCUAGGUUUUGCAUGCUGCUUUGUUGUGAUAUUGUGUUAGUAAGAUGUUUCAUAAAUGGCUGAUCAUUUAGAUGUAAACAAUGGAAUAUUAUUGAAUUACUGGAGUAAAAGGAAUCGUGGAUGGUUGUGAAAAAAUGUGUGAGAACACAGUGCACAUGCCAUUGUUGGCUGCUCUACAGUAAAUUCAGUACAGAAUGAUACAGCUCCAUGAGAAUCUGUAACUGUGUUGUUUUAGGUGGGUAGAGUGUUGGAGAGAAAAAAAACAGGAUGUAAUAUUGUAGUGUUAAUUGUUCACAUUGUGCUUCUUUCUGCAUGGCAUGCAUGCUGCUUAGAUAGAUAGAUAGAUAGAUAGAUAGAUAGAUAGAUAGAUAGAUAGAUAGAUAGAUAGAUAGAUAGAUAGAUAGAUAGAUAGAUAGAUAGAUAGAUAGAUAGAUAGAUAGAUAGAUAGAUACUGUAGAUAGAUAGAUAGAUAGAUAGAUAGAUAGAUAGAUAGAUAGAUAGAUAGAUAGAUAGAUAGAUAGAUAGAUAGAUAGAUAGAUAGAUAGAUAGAUAGAUGCAGAAUAUCCCUGUGGUUGUCCAUGUUGCCAUGUUGUAGGUGAAGGUUUAUUAAUUUACAGUGUAUAUGAUUGUUUCUGUCUCUUUGCAUUUUUAAUACACUAAUUGACAAGCUAAGAAAAUUAGCUUUUGCAUUUAGUGUUAUGAGAAGUUGGAUAAUGUUAGCAAUUAACAGAGCAAACUACCAGUACACAUGCAUACACACACACACACACACACACACACACACACACACACACACACACACACACACACACACACACACACACACACACACACACACACACA